AUGGGACCAGACGGUGCGUUAAUUGCCAUGCACAAUGUAAUCGUGUGCGUUAAUCGGUGUUCGUUAGGUUGCGUAGGACCAGAGGUAUGUUAACAGCGCUGAUGGACAGUCGCUCUAAGGCGCCCCAUGUAGGUGUGCCCCCCUGGCGUAGCCCCAGUGCCACCUUCUCUGCCAAAAAAAAAAUCAUUUCAGGGACCCAGCUAUAUCGUCGAGGUAAGAUGUCAAACUUUUUUCCCCUGUUUUCUUUUGAGAACACAAAGAGAAAUAAAUCGACUGUGACUCGACUGAAUGUCCGAUUCGAAAAUGACGGCGUUCUAACUCUUGCUGUGAUACUGAAUUAUUGUCUCAAGUUGCCUUUAAAAUUACUCAUCUUCAACUUGAUAUAUCGAUUUUGUUACAUUAGUCAACCGAGAAUCGAGAAUGUUAUUCGAAACACCUGAACUGCAACAGUAUGUACUUGCUUUAUAAAGGAUACACGGUAUUUUUCAGGAUCUUGGAACGAACAAAUACGAGAAUGCCCUACGGGAAGUUGCACGUUCUCCCUUUGAGCCUUUUUAUCCUGAUCCCGGUGACGUUUCUAAUUACGUAAGUCUGCCAAAGCAAAAAGCCCAGAGAAGAAACUGCAUUCCGUGGAAAACUCGUAGACAAGGUUCGUUGAAAAUAUGGUUGCCGAAUAUGGUUCAUAGCGAAACUGAAACCAUAGUCAAGACGAGGAGAAUUAAUGCUCACCGACUAGUUUUACGAUUGAUCAAGGCCACGGUAUCAGAAACAGCCAUGCAUUCUGUUUCUGACAGCAUGAUUUGUACCAAAAAAGAAAAAACAUCAACAACCUUGAAAAGGACACUUUUAGAGGCACAAAAGGAUACUUUUUGUAUCCUCGCAAUUCGAAAAGAUAUUUAG